CGAGAGGUUCGGGUUCCGGCGGAGCUGCUUGGAGACGAGCGGUGGGGCCGGCGAGCUGACGUUGUUUGCUCCACCACCGGUUUAUCCUGAGCCCUAUUCCAGAGCUUGAACAAAAUGUUCAAGGCAAACUGAGGCUGCCGUGAGCUCUGGUGAUAUAAGCAAUAUAAGGAGCAGCAGGCCUUUUCAUUCAUACAGAGCCCACUCUGCUAUUCAGGAAGAUCAUUGCUGAUUUGACUGUGGCUUGCACUGCAAGACUAUCUGCAGUGCCCCAGGACCGUACAUAAAUUUAUAGCAAACCAUUUCUUAAAUAUGACCACCACCUCGGAGAGAAAGUUUAUAAACCUGCGGAAACGUUUAGAUCAACUUGGCUACAGGCAACCCCUUGGGAUCGAGACUCUCCCAUUGGUGGAAAAGCUUUUCAGUGAUUUGGUGCACACAACAGAAAGCCUUCGCAAUGCCAAGCUGUCAUCUGGAAAAACGGAGAAAGAGAGCAAGAACUUGGACUCUGUACUUGAACCAUACAGAACUGAAAAUGCACGUCUUGUCCAAGAGAAUAACAAGCUCCAUCAGGAAUUACUGAGGUUAAAGGAACAGUCAGAUCUACAUGUCAAAGAUUUAAAACACACCAUAAGAAAAUUGGAACAUGACACUGCAGAUUUGAAGUUUUUAAAUAACCAGUAUGUGCAUAAAGUGCGAUGCCUGGAAAAGGAGAGUAAAGCAAAGACUGAUAAGAUCCAGCAAUUACAAGAGAAAAACCUGCAAGCGGUUGUGCAAACUCCAGGUGGUAGAAAGCGCACAAUACCAUUCCGUCGACAACGAAUGCAAAUCGAUCAGCCAAUUCCUCCAUCUGAAAUUGCAUCAGCACCACAAAUUCAUACGGAAGAUCCUUAUUUCAUGGACCUCUUGAGUGUGGCUGAUAAUAGAAUACUGGAUCUGCAAGCUACAGUUGAUGAGCUGAAGUGUGAACUGGAAAAAUCAGAUCGUGGGAUGAGAAAAUUCCAGAGGCAGAUUGAAGUACGAGAUGAGGAAAUAGAACGCCUGAACCGGACACUGGAAGGUGGUCGUCCUCAUGAUGUGAUCUCUCUUGAAGCCAAAAACAAAAGUAAUGAGCGACUUAUAGCACACUUAAACCUUCAGGUUGAAUAUCUUCAGCGAACUAACUGUGAUUUGGAGAAGCAGCUGAAGGAACUUCUGGAGAAAAAAAGUGAUGCAGCAAAUGAAGUUGUAAAUCUGAGCACAAAAAAUGAGCACUUGUGCAAUGAAUUGAAUGAGAUUGACCAUUUGGCACAGCAGUUGGAGAGAGACAAAGAAAUUGCACUCGAGAUUGCUGACAAAGAAAUUCAAGAGGCAAAGGAUGAAAUUAAGAAGCAGCACAAAGAACUGGAAGGAUUUGAAGAAACAAUUGCCAGACUGACCAAAGAACUUACUGCAACACAUGCUGACAACAACAAGCUUCAAGAAGAUUUACAAUGUAAAGUGGAAGAAAGUGAAACUCUCAGCGAUUUGUUAAAUCAAGUAAAACAGGAUAAACAAAGGCUGAUUGAAAGAGUUGAUAAACAAGUAGCAACAGAACGAGAAAUAGUAUUGGAAUUGGAAAGAAUGCGAACAAAGCAUGGUGUUCUGAAAGGGGACACCUCACCGUCUCGCCUAGAUAAAUUUGUGAAGACAUUAGAAGAAGAAAGGGAUUAUUACAAAGGUGAAGUAGAAUACCUGCAGGAUAUGAUAUCUGCAAAAGGCAGCCCAGUCUGUUCUCCAAGACGUGGACGAAGUCCAAUGCGAGUUUCACCUGUGAAGACUAGUACCCUCAGCUCUGAGCUGCUACAGGCUAUCAGAGAGCGAGAUGAGUUACAAGCAGUGUUGGAUAACUUUGAGCAACACAUGGCAGAAAUCCAAUCCAAUGUCAAGAUGGUGACUGCAGAACGAGACAGGUUACUUAUGGUUUAUGAACAGAAUCAAGAUGAGUUGAACAAAUUAAAAAAGGAAGUACUAAUAUCACCGAUCUGCCAAAUGCGUGUGGAGGAAGAAAGAGAUGAAGCUAAAGCAGAUCUGAAAAGAAUGGCAGCUGAGAAAGAAAGUUUGAGAGAGAGAGUAAAGAGCAUCCUUGAAACAGCUGAUCUCAACACAAAACGAAUGGAACAGACUAUAUCACAGUUAGAAACUAAAACGUACGAACUUGAUGAUGAAUGCUUCAACCUCAAGAAGAAAGUAGCAAAACAAAAGGAAGAAAUAACAGCAAUUGAAGAAAAAAACAAGUGUCAAUCACAGAAACUCUCACAGGCCAUAGAUGAUGCUGAACAGCACAAGGGCGAGCUGAGUUCAAUUAGGUUGCUGAAUGAACACCUGGAGAAGUCCCUUGUAGACAUACAGCAUCGGUUGAGUGUGAAAAGCAAGGAACUUCAGACAGCUCAAGACAGAAUUGACAGACAAGAGGAGAGACUCGGUGAGUUCAAUCGACAGAAUUCUAGUCUACGAGAAGAAAUCAAUUUAUUGAAAACUACGGUAUCUGCUCUAGACCAGGAGAAGGAUUGCUUGCAGGAUGCUGUGGAUGAAAAAACUGAAAAAAUUGCUACCUUAGAAGAGAACCUUGCCAAUCGGGAAAAGGCGAUAACCAAUAUGAAAAUUACUGUGACUGAAUUAGAAUCUGCACUGGACCUUUUGAAUGACACUCUAAGUAAUCGAGACCGGGAAAUAAAUUCCUUACGUCGGCAAUUAGAUUCUAUUCAUAAGGAGUCAGAGGAAUUAGAACAGUAUCGAGAUGCUGCAUUUAAAGAAAAUCGUUGUUUGAGAGAUGACUUGACUCAAAUGACAAGGGAAAAUCAGACAAUCACAAAUGAAUUGGAACAAGCUUUGCAUGAAAAGGAUGAGUUAAAAUCAAGAGUGCAUAACUACAUCAACGAAGUGGCAAGAAUAGAGAGCUUAAUGGUUGCCAAGGAACAAGAACUUCAUCAUAUGCUGGAACAAUUCCGAAUGGCAACUAAUCAGGCUGAGAACUGGGAGCAUAAGGCUCAUCAGGCAGAGGGCGAAAGCAGCUCAGUUCGUUUGGAGCUGCUGUCUGUGGACACAGAGAGACGACAUCUUGAGGAAAGAGUGGGCAAGCUUGAAAAGGAAAGAGAUGAGCACCUAGCUGCCCAGCAAGCAUAUGAGAAAGAGAUUUCCUGUAUAUCUAAAAGCAUGAGCAAACUGGAGGAAGAGUUGCGGCAGACGCAGGCUGAGAAAUGUCAUGUUUUAGGGGACCUGACUUCACUCCGAGAACUGUGUGCCCAACUGGAUUCGAAUAAGGAAUUGUUAUCACGGCAACUUACUUCUAAGAAUAUGGAACAUGAAAGGACCUUAAGUGAACUGGAAGAUUCGAAGUCUGAAAUUGAACUUUUAAAGAAACAGAUGUGUACUGAACGGGUGACAGUAAAGAACCUUGAGACAUUGUUGACAUCAUCUCGAGAAAAGGAAUUUCAGUGUCACCUGUCAAAGAAUGAAAAAGAAUCCGAAAUACAACUUCUUGGGGACAAGCUGACUCUAGCAGAGAGCAAAGUAUCAAGCCAGAAUAAAGAAAUAAUUCAGCUUCGUGCUAAGUCUUCACAACUUCAAACAGAGCUUGACCUUAUCAAACGUCAGUUAACGACAGAGCGUUUUGAAAGUUUUACAAGUUUCUUUAAGGAGUAUCCAUCACUAAAGCCAGUUGAACGUUUCACAAAUGGAUCCAUAGUUCUCACCAAAACAGCGUUUGCAAAGUUGCAAGCUGAAUCUUUUGCAGUAUUGAUUUCAUCAGUUUUUGCAAAAUUUUGAAAUGAAGUAUUCUAAGUUCAAGGCAAAUUUUUUAACUACAUUUCUCGUCAUUGGAGUGAAUUGUGAUAACUCCAAGAUAGAUCAAUGUUCUAUGCACAUUUGUCAGCUUGUUUAACAUUUUAGUGUUAUUAAAAGAACAGCAUUUUUUCCAAUUGUUCAGAUAACAUCUACCUGUGCUUAAAGUAGGUUUGAACUUCUGCAUUACAUUACUUAUUAAAACAAAAAAGCUUGCCCAACCAUAUUUUUGUUCUGUGAUAUGUGACAGAACAGCAGCAACAUUUAGGCCCUUUCUCAUUUUCAAAUGACUGCACAGCAUUAGAGUUGGAAAUUACAAUUGAUUAAUUUUCAGUUAGUUUUUCUUAAUGCCUUUAUCGAACAUAUAUUUACUUACAUGAGCAUACCUUUAUUUCACAGGAUUAAAUCUACCAUAUUGAUGUAAUGAGAAGUGAACCAUAAAACAAUUUUUUUUCUGCUGUGGUAAAGCUGCAAGAAGAUAUAUUAAAAAAACCAAAUAGGAAAAAAUAAGUGCUGGUUUAUAAACUAUGUGAAUUAAAGUUUACUGAAUUAUAGUAUUUGAAUAUGGUGUUAUUAAUUAUAUAUUUUCCCAUAUACUUUCUUAAACAGACCCCAAGAUAAUGUGGCACUGAGAUUUACACAAUCUAAUGCAAUGCCCAUCUUGUGCUGUAUAUAUCUGUACAAUACUGUCAAUCAUUAUGAAGAUACUUUUUAUUCUGCAAAGAUAUUUUUGUAUUGAAUUAGGUUUUCAAUUUUAUAUGCAAGAUAUUUAUUAAUGUUUGUUCUCAUUAACUGUGACUAGUAUUUUUGCUACCAUUCCCAAAAUUGUCUCAUUAUUAAUAACUGUCACUGAUGUGCCAUCUCAUCCUUGACCAUACAGCGUAAACCAAGAUUUUACCAUCUUCAUCUUUAUUCUCUUGAGACAUACCUAUAGUAAAAUAGGCUAACAACAUGGUUAAUAAAUGCAAAUGAGCGUCUUAGGCUGGAAUUAGCAAUGUUUUAACAUAACUACUAAGAAAUCAGUAUUGAUUUCUUGAGUGUAGUUCAUAAAUAUAUGCAAUAAUUAUUAAAUAGCAACUUUACAUUUUGAUCAAGUAUAUUUUGCUUAGAUUUCUUUAUGCCAUCGAAAUUCCACUGGGAUAAAAUAAGUGAAAUAAGUUACUGAUUUAAAAUGUAAUGGUUUCCCCAUUAAAAUCAAAUCUUAUAUUCACAUUAUUAUCCAAUUAGAUAUUCCAGUUCUGUAGUUCUAAUGUCAUAUAACAUAGCUGCCUCAAAUGUUUACAGCUGUUGAUGUCAUUGCAAAGUGAAGGUUCACCUUUAGGUGGACAUUUGUUUUUAUGAUGCAUACCUGUAAGACUGACUUAGUAUUCCAAAUUUUGAACUGCAUUAAAUUAUCUUCAAUUUAUCUUUAUUAUUUAAAUGAUUUUAGGUUUGGUUAUAUUUUUGUUUUAAUACUGAAUAGAUGCCAACU